UCACCAUUUUCUAAAAUCUUCAAUAUUUUGGAUCUGUGAUCUCUCUUCGUUCCUCAAAACUAAACUGAAUUCAUUCAUUUGAGUCUUUGAUCAUGUCUGGUAUGUGUUGUGGAGUUGUUGGUGAAUCUGAGAAGAAGAUAUCAACGCCUGUUGAACCGAAAACAUCGAGAAGAAGGAGAUUGGAAGUUCCUCCUUUGAAAUUCUUAGCUACCGAUUCUACUCCUGUUGUUACGAAUGAGAAUUUCAGGAAAAAGCAGAAAUUGAAUGAGAAUUCGAAUUCGGCGAGGUAUGGCAUGACUUCUGUUUGUGGAAGAAGGAGAGAUAUGGAAGAUGAAGUAGCAGUUCAUCCUUCUUUUUCAAAACGUGGACAUUUUUUCGGUGUUUACGAUGGCCAUGGAUGCUCGCAUGUGAGUUCAAAGUGCAAGGAACGAUUCCAUGAAAUAGUGAAAGAUGCAAUCGAAGAUAGCGAUGAAGGAUCAUGGAAAGAAGUAAUGGAAAAUUGUUACUCGCUUAUGGAUAAGGAGGUUGGAGAAUGUUUCUCCACAAGUUCAGAUUCAUCAAGAUCCAACUGUAGAUGCGAACUCCAGACGCCACGAUGCGAUGCUGUUGGAUCUACAGCAGUUAUUUCUCUCGUUACACCUGAUAAACUCAUCGUCUCUAACUGCGGCGAUUCUAGAGCAGUCCUUUGCCGUAACGGUAUCGCAAUUCCGCUUUCUUCUGAUCAUAAACCUGAUCGUCCAGAUGAGCUGAACCGAAUCGAGAGCGCCGGCGGACGUGUUAUAUACUGGGAUGGAGCUAGAGUUCUUGGCGUUUUAGCAAUGUCAAGAGCGAUAGGUGAUAGUUAUCUGAAACCAUUUGUGAUAUCGGAUCCGGAAGUAACGAUUACAGAUCGUAAUUCGGAAGAUGAAUGUUUGAUUCUAGCUAGCGAUGGUUUAUGGGAUGUUAUUUCAAAUGAAACGGCUUGUAGCGUCGCCAGAAUGUGUCUCCGGUCGUCGAAACCGUCUUCUCCGGCGGGUAGUGCCGGCGAGGGCGAGAGAUCUGAUAAGGCGUGUACGGAUGCUUCGAUCUUGUUGACUAAGCUUGCAUUAGCGAGACGUAGUAUGGAUAAUGUGAGUGUCGUCGUUGUUGAUCUCCGGCGAGAAUAGUAACGGCGGCGGCGGCGAUAACCGGAAUAAAAAUAUCUUUGUUUUUUUUUAAUGAUUUUAAUUUAAUGGUCUAGUACAGUUUAAUGUAUCUUCUAAUGUUACGGGCAGAAGAAGCUUAAGACCCGACCCAACCCAACCCGUGUUCCUCCUUUACAAGUAAAAGUGGGGAAUAGAACCUACUCUGUCUGUUCUUAAAAAAAUUGAACUGAUAAGAAAAGUUUAUUAUAUA